AUGGCGCCCCAGGAUUGGGCUCCGCAACUCCCGACACCAACCCUCUCCCGGCGUCGUUUUUCAUCACUUUCCCCGGCGGGUUUCCUCAUGGGGUGAUGGUUACCGCUCUCCGGAAGCGAUUUUUGCAGCAGCGUGAGAGCGUAGCCGCGGCCUCCUGCCGAGGACUGGAGCCUCAGAUGGAGAGUGUGGGCGUGUACGGAUUCUGUGGGUGUACAGCAAAGAACAAAAUGAAGUGUGAUUCAAGGUGGGAAAUAGCUGCUACAGAGAUGGCCCCCACAUCUGCAUAUUCAUCUCCAGCCCGGAGUCUGGGGGACACAGGAAUAACACCCCUGUCCCCCUCCCAUAUUGUGAACGAUGCCAACACGAAUGUCUCAGAGCAGCAGAUGUUCCUCGUGGUGGUGGCCAUUGACUUUGGGACCACGUCCAGUGGCUAUGCCUACAGCUUCACCAAGGAGCCGGAGUGCAUCCACGUGAUGAGGCGAUGGGAAGGGGGCGACCCGGGGGUGUCCAACCAGAAGACUCCGACCACCAUUCUGUUGACUCCGGAGAGGAAAUUCCACAGUUUUGGGUAUGCAGCCAGGGACUUUUACCAUGACCUGGAUCCCACCGAGGCCAAGCAGUGGCUGUACCUGGAGAAGUUCAAGAUGAAGCUGCAUGUCACUGGGGACCUCACCAUGGAGACAGACCUGACAGCAGCAAAUGGCAAGAAAGUCAAAGCCCUGGAAGUCUUUGCUUAUGCCCUGCAGUACUUCAAGGAGCAGGCGCUGAAGGAGCUUAGCGACCAGGCAGGCUCGGAGUUCGAGAAUUCCGAUGUCAGAUGGGUCAUUACAGUGCCUGCCAUCUGGAAACAGCCCGCCAAGCAGUUCAUGAGACAAGCUGCCUACCAGGCAGGCCUGGCCUCCCCUGAUAACUCGGAGCAGCUCAUCAUUGCCUUGGAGCCUGAGGCGGCCUCCAUCUACUGCCGAAAGCUGCGGCUGCCCCAGAUGAUCGAGCUGAGCAGCAAGUCCGCGGUCAACGGGUACAGCUCCAGUGACACAGUAGGAGCUGGGUUUGCACAGGGUGAUAAGUAUGUGGUUGUGGACAGUGGCGGUGGCACCGUAGACCUGACAGUCCACCAGAUACGGUUACCAGAGGGACACCUUAAAGAACUGUAUAAAGCAACAGGUGGACCCUAUGGAUCCUUAGGAGUAGACUAUGAAUUCGAAAAACUUCUGUGUAAAAUAUUUGGAGAGGAUUUUAUUGAGCAAUUCAAAAUCAAGCGUCCUGCGGCCUGGGUUGACUUAAUGAUUGCGUUUGAGUCUCGCAAGAGGGCAGCUGCCCCGGACCGAACUAACCCGCUGAACAUCACCCUGCCCUUCUCCUUCAUCGACUACUACAAGAAGUUCCGUGGUCACAGCGUGGAGCACGCCUUGAGGAAGAGCAAUGUGGAUUUUGUGAAGUGGUCCUCGCAGGGGAUGCUGAGGAUGAGUCCAGACGCAAUGAAUGCCCUUUUUAAGCCGACCAUUGACAGCAUCAUCGAGCAUCUCCGGGACCUGUUUCAGAAGCCCGAAGUGUCCACUGUCAAGUUCCUCUUCCUGGUGGGCGGCUUUGCGGAAGCGCCCCUCCUGCAGCAGGCCGUGCAGGCUGCCUUCGGCAACACGUGCCGCAUCAUCAUCCCCCAGGACGUGGGCCUCACCAUCCUCAAGGGUGCUGUCCUCUUCGGCCUGGACCCUGCUGUCAUCAAGGUGCGCCGGUCCCCACUGACCUAUGGGGUGGGUGUGCUGAACCGCUAUGUGGAGGGCAGGCACCCGCCUGAGAAGCUGCUGGUGAAGGACGGCACUCGCUGGUGCACCGAUGUCUUCGACAAGUUCAUCUCUGCUGACCAGUCGGUGGCCCUGGGCGAGCUGGUCAAGCGUAGCUACACCCCGGCCAAGCCCUCCCAGCUGGUCAUUGUCAUCAACAUCUACAGCUCUGAGCAUGACAACGUGAGCUUCAUCACUGACCCUGGGGUGAAGAAGUGCGGCACGCUCCGCCUGGAUCUCACGGGGACCAGCGGCACGGCCGUGCCCGCCCGGAGGGAGAUCCAGACCCUCAUGCAGUUCGGGGACACCGAGAUCAAGGCCAUGGCCAUCGAUAUAGCCACCUCCAAGAGUGUCAAGGUUGGGAUUGACUUCUUAAAUUACUAACCAGCCACCCCGCCACCUGCUCCCUCGGACCCAGCUCACCUGCAUCCGCUGACCUCAACCCUGACUGUUCUUUCCCUGUCCUUGACCCUUGCCUCUGCCCACCUGAAUUUCAGCAGGGAAGAUGAGAACAACCAGGGAUAGAAAUAAUUUGGAAUUUUUGAGGGCACACUGGAGUCAGAAAAACUGUCGGAACUUGAGAUCCAGGUUUGGGGAUAAGAAAAGAUCUAGAAAAGCAGCUAGUUUUCGUAGGCACACAGUGGUGAAACACCCACCCAGCAAGGGGAUCCAUGCAUAUCUGCAGCAGUGGCUGAGCCUGCUCCGAGCAGAUCUCCAUUUAGUGAACUUCGGAUGCUAUUGCUAUCUUUCUAGAUUUGAAAUAAGAUCCUUGAGCCGGGAGGGAUUCUUCAUCUCUUUGAGGCUUUCCUUUUUACAUCUUUUGGAUGGCAGUCAAUACAAAAUGCCACCCAUCUGCAGUUAAUUCCUUUUCAUCAUCAUGUGAUUAAAAGUGGUGAUUCAGUGGGAAUGGGGAGUGUUUGUAGCCGGUGGGAGAAGACUGCCUACACUGGGCACUAUUUUAGGUUCUCAUAAUUUAAAGUCCAAAUAGGUUUAGUGAAGAAAAAUGGUAGCCUCAGCUUAUCCACUAGGAUUUAUGUGAGUGGGGUAGCUGACCCCUCAACUUCUCAGCAGGGAAAAACUUGAUUCGAGGGAAAUGGAUAUUAAAUCAAUGCUGACAUAUCUCAAAUUAUAUGCUGUGACAUAAUUCCCCAAGUGCCAAAUCCUGAUUUCUGAAUUCAUAAGGGAUUCUAGUUAACCUUAGGGGGAUUCUGUGAAGAAAUAAGGUUGCAGUUGGCUUUGUUCACAUCACCAAGCCCAGGAGUCCGGAACAAUCCUUCACCUUAACAAGCAUAUGUACUUAAAAUUUUAACUUUCUCCUCCCUGACCACCCUCAUCUCCCUGAGAGUCUGGUCCAUGUAGUCCCACAUUUUGAAAAUAAUACAUCGGUGAUAGAUACACAGGCAGAGAAGCUGUUCUUGGAAAUGUUUCACUAAAAUCAUCAGCUUUUAAAGUCUAUUUAAAAGGAAUUCAUAGAUCUGUACUUGAUAAAUUCAGCCACGGUUUUUCAGAGCAGAUUUGAGCAUCAUCAGGAUGGGAACUGCCUGGAUGCUUCUUAAAUACGGGUUUCUGGGUCCCAUCUCUUCCCCUUCAGGAAAUGAAGUCAAGUCUUGGAGAGAGGAACCAGAAUCUGCAUUUUUAGUAGGUGCCACAGGGGACUGUAGUCCCACUGAGAUUUGAGAUCUAACUUUAGGUUUUGUUGAAAGAUGAAGCACAGACGGGAGCUUGCAGCCUCUGGCCUUCCUCUUCGGGGUCCCCUGGGGGAGGGUUUACAAGUGAAGAGCCCUGAUCCCACUCCUUCCUUUCUUGUGACGGGGCUGGGGCUCCACCAGGCACGGGGAUGGUGUUUUCAGCCCCCACAGGAAGGGCCUGGAGAGGAAAAAAAUUCAAAGGCCAUAUUCUGAGGAUGGGGCUGAGGACCCUGUGUCUGCAUUCUCCACUCCCAUCCCCACCUGCAAAGCCGGUCGUCUUCAACAUUCAGGAACCAUCUGAGGAAAAAGAAUAAAGAAUCUGACGUGCAACCCACCUGAUCUUUUCAAAGCUGUCUUUUCCACGUGCUGGAAUUCAUUCCGAUUUAAAUCCCUGGAAGCAUGAAUAAUGAAUGAGGGAGGAUGAGCGAACUCACUUUGAAUGCAAGCUGGAGGCAGAAACCAUUACCACAGCCCAUAUGCAGAUUUUAAAUGGCAUUUCCAAGUUCAUUUUAACAUGUCUUCUUUCUCACUUCGCCUGCUGCAGAAUGCCCUCCUUGAAUGUGGAACAUGAAUAAACCACACAACUAGAGAAUGCUAGUCACAUGACUCGGUGGCCAGAUCUCACACCCAGGCACAAGGGUGUGUUUGCCAGGGUUCUCUUGCUGCCUGCUCUGCUUCAAAAGCUACACGUUAUGGGGUCUGUCUUUGGUGUUGCCAGCCAUAUUCUGCAAAUAAGACUUUUCAAUUUAGUUAUAAGUAAUAUAAUUUUAUGUACAUACACUAUUAGAAUAUUGUACAGAAUCUUUAUUUCUACAAUACGCUUUUCUUGUUGGAAAGAAAAAAAGGAAAAUGCUCUUUGAAUCUUGUUGAUGACAUUGCUGCCUUUAAUUGUUCAUGGUUUCAUUUCUUAAUUGUCUUACUAAUUGAUUUGUACCAAUGCUAAACUAUAGACUAUGUAUGCAAGACUAAGCAAUAGACUAGGGUCAGAAUAUUCUGAACAAAUGGACCACCUGGAUCAACAGCUUCAUUAGACCCUUCUGUGUGCACCUCCUUCCCAAAGGGUCCCAAGUUAUAUUUAAAGGAGCAUAAUAAUGUAUCAAUUCUCCUGUCCAGUCCUUGAGAGCUGAACAUUCUAGUUCUGUUAGCAGUGUGACUGCAGAGACAGACCUAUGAAGACUCGGUGUCCCUGUAGGGUUAUCACCCUCUGCUUGUGGGGCAGAGCCGUCACCCUGAGGGCAAAGUGUGGACCACCACUUGUGGUGGCACAGUCAAGUCCUUUUUUUGGCUAAUGUAGGACCUUUCCCACCUUGCACUGAGGAUGUCUCAUCUAUUUCUCUGAAACGAGCUGGUUGAAAUCUGCAAUGUUGGCACAUAGAUGAUGGAGAGGGGGUGAUAAUUUUACUGGACUUAAUUCUGGCCCCAGAGAUGCUGCCCCAUUAGUUGAACUUAUUAAAGGGAAUCCCCCAAUCCAUCCCACCUCCUCCCUCCUGGAAAUAUUCUGGAAUGAGAGCCCUGGAUAAGUUCAUCUGGACACAUUUUAUAACCUUAGAUAGUUUCUAAAAGGCCUGUUGUCUUGACCCAUUACUCAGUUGCCGCUGGCAUGUACUAUCUGAUGUUCAUGUUUCUUGGAAGCAGAACUAUCUCAGGAUUUCUUUUGUUGCUGCCUUUCUGUCCACAGCAGCUAUUACUAAGUGCUGAGUGACAGGCAAGCCACAGACAUACAAGACAGGCAAGAAGAAAGAAGAGA